CACAUAGUAAAUGGCACUGCAAUUACGAACGGAGGUCCUAUCUUUGUACAAAAGAAUUCUGCGAACUGGUUUAUCAUGGCAAUCUGCAUCUGGAUCUUCAGAAGAUACAAGUAAUGAACGUGACUACAUACUGAAUGAAGCCAAAACGCUGUUUAGGAAAAAUACAUUGAUAAGAGAUGAGACAACGAUCAAACUCUAUAUCCAAGAAGCAGAGGCCAGGUUAGGACUAGCAAACCACUACAGAAUCCCUUACCCUCGACCAGUAAACCUACCGCAGACGGCGCUACCUCACGGCAAACCAAAGAAGACACAAGCACGCAUUCGGGAAGAAAGCAAACCCAUCUACAUUAAAUCCUAUGAUACUUACUGAUGACAACUCACUGAUCCCAGCUUUCAUUAGUGAUACACCACAGCAACCACAAAUAUCAACUUUAGAUAGCAAUUCAGAUACAAGGAAAGCAGAUACAGAUCAAGGGCGAUGCAAACGCAGAUAGUGAGACUGCAUAGAAUGUAGUAUUUGCCUAUAAGGUCUUUGAGGCAAUAUAUUGUCUGUGAACUGGUUUUUAUGUCUAUGUUUGCUACUGUCAUUAACAUAUGCUUAACUGAAGUAUAUAUUUGUUCAUGCUAAUAUACUCCUAUGACAUUUAAUCUACAUAAAGCCAAUAAAAGCUAGCUUUUUGUGAAUUGUAA